AGCACAUGCAGCAGCGGCACAUGCAGCAGCAGGAGGUAUUCCGUGAUGCAGCUGCCUGUACACCCUGUUCCUCAAGCCUUGGAAGCGCCAAGGGCGCCCUUUGGAUUUGAGUUUUUGCUGCAGCAGCUGCCCCCUUCGAUUGCGGGGUACUUUACUUCCCUGAGGCAGCAGCAUGGCAAACUGCAGCCGGAGCAGCAGCUGCUGCUCUUGGCAGCAGCAAGAGAUUUUGUACUGCACAACAUGUCAGCGCUGAGGGCAUACGGCUCGGUGCAACCCCGCCUGCAGCAGCAGCUGCAGCAGCGCUACAAGGAUCUGCUCGGCUGCAUUGCAGAGGAGCAAGGCCAGAUACUGCUCUCCCGACAGAGGCAGGGAGAACAAGAGAUGAAGGAGAAGCAGGAGAAACAGCAGCAGCAGGGGGAGAAGCAGGAGGAAAAGCUGCGUGCUCAGCAGCAACAUCAACAACAGGAGGGGGGGGGGGAAGAACGACUGCUGGGGGAACACGGCAUCGCAGCUCUGGUGUCUCUGCAGCAGCUGCGAGAUGCUCUGCAAAUCGAAGAGCAUUCUCUUGAUGCAGCAACUGCGCGCAAUGUGCUGCAGCGAUUCCAGCAGUGCCAGAAGCAGCAGCCAUCCAGACAGCCAGAACCUGUCAGAGUCAAACCUCCAGCAGCGCUGCUUGCUCUGGACGAAGUCUAUGGAUACAUCUACAGCCCCCAAGUUCUUAAGAAACAA